UAUUUCCAGCAGCCCUCCCAUUAGUCUGUCUACUCUCACGUUUGCUCUCCUUUCCCCCGAACUUCUCUCCGCUCUCUCAGCUGGGCUCCAAACGGCCCAACUUUUCCACCCUGUCUGCCUAAACUGCACCACCUAUCCUUCCAAGAAGUUCCACCGUGGUAUUGACUUCCUCCUGGUUCUGCUUCUGAAGAAUUUAAACUCAAAGUCUUUACUCUAAAUAUGGAAAUGGAGAAGAUCACAAAUGGGAUUAACCUCGACGGGGCAAUGGAGGCAGGAUUACCACCAGAGGAAGAAAAGUUCCUGCAGCACAAAGACAAUGAUUUAAAGAGGCCACAGUUCACAGAUUUUGAAGGAAAAACCUCCUAUGGGAUGUCUGUUUUCAACUUAAGCAAUGCCAUCAUGGGCAGUGGCAUCUUGGGGCUGGCUUAUGCAAUGUCAAACACUGGCAUUGUCCUUUUUCUGAUCCUGCUGACAUGUAUUGCCUGUUUAUCUUGUUAUUCAAUCCACCUUCUGCUUCGCAGUGCUGGAGUGGUCGGGAUCCGUGCCUACGAGCAGCUGGGCCAGAGAGCUUUUGGACGUUCGGGAAAGAUCCUAGCGGCUGUCAUCAUAACAUUCCACAACAUUGGGGCCAUGUCCAGCUACUUAUUCAUUGUAAAAUCUGAGUUACCAUUGGUCAUUCAAGCCUUUCUCAGACAAACAUCUAUCACUGAGAGCUGGUUUAUGAAUGGAAACUACCUGAUCAUUAUUGUCACCAUCUGCGUUAUCUUCCCACUGGCCACAAUGAAACAUUUGGGAUAUCUCGGCUAUACAAGUGGCUUCUCUCUUUCCUGCAUGGUCUUCUUCCUCUGUGCGGUCAUCUACAAGAAGUUUAACAUCGCUUGCCCGUUGGAGACAUUCGGUAACUUCUCUGCAACCGCGCCCAUCUCUGACGACACUUGCGUGGCCAAAUACUUCACCAUCAACCAUGAGACAGCGUAUACCAUCCCCAUCCUGGCAUUUGCGUUUGUCUGUCACCCUGAAGUGCUUCCUGUCUACACAGAGCUGAGCAAUCCAACCAAGAGAAGAAUGCAGACUAUUGGAAAUGUUUCCAUCUUCGCAAUGUUCAUCAUGUAUUUCUUCACGGCUAUUUUUGGCUACCUAACCUUCUACGGAGGCACAGAGGCUGAGCUCCUCCACACCUACAGCAGGGUCGAUCCUCUGGACACGUUGAUCCUAUGUGUGCGACUGGCUGUGCUGGUGGCCGUCACACUCACUGUACCCGUUGUCUUGUUUCCGAUUCGUCGAGCGCUCCUGCAGCUGCUGUUCCCAGAAAAACCCUUCCACUGGUUACGUCACAUCGCCAUCGCUGUGUGCCUGCUGUUCGCCGUGAACCUGCUGGUCAUCUUUGUUCCCAACAUUCGAGACAUUUUUGGGAUUACAGGGGCGACCACUGCUCCCACUCUGAUCUUCAUCCUGCCUGGACUCUUCUACAUUCGAAUCAUUCCCAAAAACCAGGAGCCCAUGAGAUCCAGGCCAAAGAUCCAGGCUGCUUGUUUCACCACUUUGGGUUUGAUCUUCAUGAUCAUGAGUCUGACCUUCAUCAUACUUGAUUGGACGAGUGGAGAAAAGCGAAGUCUCGGCGGCCAUUAACACGUUCCCUCUCUGACUCUUAACCUAUUGCUGUGUCCCCCUCUUCCAGGACUCUUAAAGAAAACAAAUUUUUCAUCUAAAGAUGAAGACGUCAGUGAGACUGACAUUAUUCUGGUUAGGACCAGCUGUACCUCCACUGUGACGAGGAGGAAAUUUCAACCCUGACGCUGGGAUAACGUUCGCUGCACAUGUUUAACUUGCAGUAUUCACGAUUUCCGACAGACCCUCAACCACAGAAAGCUUGGAGCUUUUCCUGAGGCUAAACGUGGCGUUUUAUUAGCAACGGUUUUAAAAGUAAAACUCUACGCCAAAAAACGGGGAGCAAUCUUUUUUUUCUUUUCUUUUUUUUGACGAAAAUUAGCUUAUUUACAUAAUGAUUGUGAAAUCAAUCCAAGAUGGUGCUUAAAACUUGGUGGACCUUAAAUUAAUCUGAGAAAAGGGCGAUCUUGGGUCAAUGCAUUUGCUCUUAUGAACCUGUGAAGAACUCAAAUGUCUUUGUUUCGUAAUUCUGUAGAAAAAGACAUAAAAAAAAAACAAGAAAAUUGUCUAUGAGCCAAAAAUUUAAAAACCUUGAGGAACUGUGAAUGUGUUAAUUUGGUUUGUUUGUGAAUAUUCUUAAAUAAAAUGUAUAAAAGAAUACUGGUCUAACUAA